GUUGUUAACUAUUGGGCAGAAAAAGGAAUAUCUGGGUUUACGGUCUUUAAGUUUCGGCUCAGGAGGCUUGAUGGGCAGCCAACCUUGACAACUAACCAGGUGUAUUUCAUUAAUGGACGUGCCCCUCAGUCCAUUGCUGAAAUACGAGGGCUUGUGUGUGAGGACAUCACCAAAGGUGAAGAAGAUGUGCCUAUUCCUGCCACUAACCUGAUUGACGACCCCCCAGUUGCACCCAAAGGUUUUAAAUAUAAAAAAUCAAUUUCGCUUUCAAAGAAUGUAAAGCUCCCCCCUGCUGUCACUGGAUGCAAGUGCAAAGGCUUAUGUGUGGAUCCCACAUCCUGUGAAUGUGCUUUACGAAAUGGCUCUGAUUUUCCCUAUGUAUCUCGUAAUGGAGGGAGGUUAAUUGAAGCCAAAGAUGUUGUCUUUGAAUGUGGACCAAAUUGUGGAUGUGGUCCUGGUUGUGUUAAUAGAACUUCUCAGAGAGGGCCACGAUAUCGUCUUGAGGUUUUUCGAACUGCAAAGAAAGGAUGGGCUGUUAGAUCUUGGGAUUUCAUACCUUCGGGAGCACCAGUUUGUGAAUACACAGGAUUAAUCAGGAGGACAGAAGAUGUAGAGAAUACACUCGAGAACAAUUAUAUUUUUGAGAUAGAUUGUUUGCAAACGAUGAAGGGCAUUGGUGGAAGAGAGAGGCGAUCACAAAAUGAAACAUCUGCAGCAGUUAAACUUUUGGACAACUAUGCAAAUGAUGCCUCUGAAUCCGCACCAGAAUUUUGUAUUGAUGCUGGAUCAAUUGGAAAUAUUGCUCGAUUUAUAAACCAUAGUUGUGAACCAAAUUUAUUUGUUCAAUGUGUUUUGAGUUCACACCAUGAUUUAAGGCUUGCACGAGUGAUGUUAUUUGCUGCAGACAACAUACCACCUUUGCAGGAGCUUACAUAUGACUAUGGUUAUGCCCUGGAUAGUGUCUUGAGCCCUGACGGGAAAGUAAAGAAAAUGACGUGUUAUUGUGGAGCUGCUGACUGCAGGAAGCGACUGUUCUAAUAUAUGCUUCUUGGUGCAUGCAUUUUCUUUUUGCCAUUGCACAUAUCUGCAUCAUGUAUUUUUUAUUUGUAUGAAAGGGGGAAAAUUAUGCAAUAUUUCAUGUAAAUCAAGAAAAAUAUGAUAUAUCAUUCUUUUGAUUGAAAUCUGUUAACGAAUGAGAUGUAUUUUUUUGGAAAGAUGAAAAUAUCAAACCCCGUUUUUUCUUACUCUUGCACCCUUUUUUGCCCUUAUCUAAUGGAUGUAACUUACAGAUAUUUGACGCACAAUCACUUUUCCAUUUAUUUGGUAUUUUGCCUGUGAUUGAUCUAAUGUAUUUGCGCACUUAUUGUGACUUUGAAAGACGUUCCUAUUACAGUAGAGUUGAUGUGUCUCAGCACCUAUGCAGGGAUGA